AUGAGCUCAGCAUUCUCAUUUGGUUUCAGCGGCGAUGAUAUUGACGAAAGUGAAAAUAAUGUUGAAGUGAAGGACGAGCUGCAACAUCUAGGCCAGCCUAGUCACCAAGCUUCUAGUGACGCAGCACCGGUACUUCAAGAGGCCACGAAGAUUGAACUAGAUGAUAUCAUCUCUUAUAAUACUCUCCCAAUCUCGGACCCCACUUUAUGGUCAUAUCCCAUUCCCAUACCACGCCGCGAUGUGUUUGACAUCCGCGCGCAGCUGAUGGCUGAAGCCGACUCGGAAACAAACUCAAAUGAGACGUUAAUAGCGGGUUUAGAAGCCGGCGAUAUUACUCCGGCGGUGUAUGAAGGCGGAUUCAAGACAUGGGAGAGUGCGAUUGAUCUUGCCAGGACUGCAGCCGAGAGGCUUGGUCCCGCUUUUGAAGAUGAGGUUGACGAUUUGGACCUGAUAGAGCUAGGCGCCGGGACUGCAAUACCUUCCCUUCUUUUAUUACGAUUAUUCCUGCAAAGCUCGCCCAAGACUACCCAACAGACACGGAAAAUCAACUUCAUCUUAGCAGACUACAACGCUGCCGUCUUGAGUCUCGUCACUCUUCCUAACAUCCUUCUCACCUGGUAUACGUGCUGCAAGAAUCCCGAAGCGGAGUCAGAGUCUGAACUUCAGAUCGAUUCCGCCCUCCUUGACUCUUUUCGCCAUGACCUCUCAGCCCGCGGAAUAUCGCUCUCCUUCAUUUCAGGAGGCUGGUCACCUCGCUUUGUCGAUCUCAUAGCCCCCGAAUCGAACGCGAAGAGCCUAAAUAACACACACCAAACAUUUAUACUCGCCAGUGAAACGAUAUAUUCUCCCACCUACCUCCGGCCAUUCGCAGAGACGCUGACGGGGUUGUUGCGCAGAAGAACCAGACCCGUACCCGGGGCUGCCCAAAACAAAGCGCGGACACGAGCUCUCGUCGCUGCGAAGAAGGUGUACUUCGGAGUUGGAGGAGGUGUGGAUGAAUUUCUAGAAACGUUGAAAGAAAUCGGUGGCGAGGACAUGCACACGCAAGAGGUGACCAUGGUUCUGGACCAAGGUGUGGUGAGGGUGGUGCUGGAGAUCACAGUUUAA